AUGGGCACGCAAGAGAAGAAGAAAGAUCAGAUCACCAGAGAAGAGAUUGUCAAGAAGAUAAUGGAAUCGUUGGGACAAGACGGUGUCGCUUCAAGGACUGUCCUCGUUGGUGAAGCUGGCAUAGGGAAGACAUGGCUUGCAAAAGAAGUCAGCAAGCGUGUGACCCAAGAAACAUCUUCUUCUUACAAUGUCCUCUGGUUACAUCUCAACAAAAUGAUUGGAGAGGAGAAGUCGCUUUACGAGAAUCUAGCUUCUCAGUUAUCGUUAUUUCCUGAGUAUGAAGAAGGCGAAGAACAUAGCGAGAUUGUUGAUUCACUGGAGAGCUUGAAGAAGAAGAUAAAAGAUGAGAUCAUCAACUUCCACAACGAAAAGAAGAAUCUUCUUUUGGUUUUGGAUGACGAAGGAAGCAUGACAACCGAAACCCAUGUGAUGAAAGAGUUAAAGCUCCAACAGUUCCUUGAGCAACACUCAACAACCUUAAAGACUCUAGUCACAAAACGAGAUGAAGGAGAAGACAAAGGGUCGACGAAAAUGAUCAAAGUCACUCCUCUUACAGAAGACGAGUCACGGCACUUACUCAGCAACUCUCAGAAGUUACUUGAGUCGCUUACCGUUGAAGAUUGGCCGGUUUUGCUGCAGAGCCUUUGCAAGAACGGGGAGAUCAAAGAACCUACUUUGAUGUCUUGCAUCGUGAGCAAGAGCAAAGGCUUGCCGGCUGCAAUCGUUGUCUUAACCAAGUCUUUAGACAGCAUCAAGUCCUUGUCUGCAAAACAAAGAAAGAUCUUUAAAGAACUGAUUCUAUCUUCCAAGUCACUAGAUGCAGCAUCUGCUUCCAAGAACGCUGUAGAUCGCAACCGCUACAAUCCGGUCUUGCGUUUAAGCUACGAGCUGUUAAAACCGGACGAGACGGUCAAAAGUCCGGUCAUUGCUUGCUUUUGGCAUGUCCUGGACUUCUACAAGCAUUGUGGAUGCGCUUACUACCGAGACCUAAUCGUCCACUGGAUGCUUGAAGGGUAUUUCGAUCCGGUUAAGUCGGUUGAGAAAGCUUAUCAAGAAGGACAUUCCAUUUUAAUGGAGUUUAUGAACAGGGGAAUCUUGAAGAUACAAGAAGAUAACAUGGUGGUUCCAGAGAUAUCUAUGAGCAAUCUAUUGGAUCUUCAAGACUGUGGCUUCUUUGGAAGAUCUCGUCUUGGAUUCAACAGAGUCUACGGAGGAAACAAAACAAAAGGGUUUGGGAGAAUCAUCUUAAUCGAUGAUAUGAUAAAGACCAUUCAGUCUAAGGACAAGAAGCUCACAACGAUUAUGGUUAGCGGAAACCGUUUGCGAAGAGAGGUUCCAAGGAAGUUCUUUGAGAAACCAGAGAUGCAAGAUCUUGAAGUUGUUGUCCUCUUUGAGCCAACAUUUCAAGACCUUGUUGAGUCGUUAUCCACACUGAAGAAACUACGAGUACUCGUGAUCAGAGACUGCGAUCUAAUCCAAAACAUCGAUAAGCUCAUGAGUCUUAAAGGCUUACAUACUCUUGAAGUCUCUGGCGCAAGCUCUCUAGUUAACAUUUCUGAUGAUUUCUUCAAGAACAUGACUGAGCUUCAAAGUCUUAACCUUUCGGGGCUUGCAAUCAAAUCUUCACCUUCCUCAAUCGAACAGCUAAGCAUGCUACGUUGCUUCAUCUUAAGAGACUGCUCUGAGCUACAAGAUCUGCCUAACUUCAACGUGGAGACCAAGAAACUAGAAGUCAUCGACAUUCACUGA